GUUGACUAGCCCAGGUACGCUCACGGGAGCGCAGACUCGCGCAGUAAAUAAACAAUGGCCUCAGAUGCCGGGACAGGAAUUGUACCGAUUUUGCCCAUGGGAUUCUGUCCGAACGUAACAACGGCGAUAUUAAUUUCAGGAUUACUUUAUGUUUGCUUUCUCUAUUUAACUAACAAUCACAAUUAUUGGAAAAUUAGAGGUGUUCCGUACGAAGAACCGAUUUUCUUGGCCGGUAGCCUCUUGGACGUGUUCAAAGGUAAACGCCAAAUAGGUAAACACUUCGGGGACCUGUACAAAAAAUUCGACGGGCCUUAUUUCGGGAUAUUCAUAGUCGGACAACCAUACCUGGUGAUACGCGAUCCGGAAAUAAUUAAAGACAUUACCGUGAAACAUUUCAAUAAUUUUGACAACAGAACGUUUGCGUGUGACAAGGAGGCGGACGACAUGACAGGUAACAGUCUGUUCGUAUUGCGGAAUCCAGACUGGAGGAAUUUACGUAACAAGUUGAGUUGCGUUUUUACAUCUGGAAAGUUAAAGGGCAUGUUUCCGCUUAUGCGUGACACAGCCGAAGAACUGCAGAAAUAUUUGGAUAGGCACGAGGGUCAAAUUUUGGAAUUCAAAGAAGUAUCCGGAAAGUACAUGACGGAUUUGGUAGCGUCGUGCUUUUUCGGUUUCCAAGCUGAAUCGUUCGUUCACGGGAAGGAAAGCGAAUUUCGGAAAAUUUGCAAGAAAAUGUUCGAUAUCGAUUUGUACCAUGCGAUGUGUUUGUUUUCGUAUUUCUUCGCGCCAAAACUGGUUUCGUUUUUUAAAUUGAAAAUGUUUGACACCAACUACCUGAAACAAGUGUUUUUGGAGACCGUGACCGAAAGAGAGAAGUCGGGCAUGAAACGUAAUGAUUUUGUUGAUUUGCUGUUUGACGCUAGAGACAUGUUGAUGGACAAGAAUAGCAGUACAAAAAUUGACGUUGUCUGCAUGGUAUCUCAGGCAAUAACGUUUUUACUCGCCGGUUUCGAAACGACCAGCAACGCGCUGGCGUUCACGCUUUACGAAUUGUGCCUCAGACCCGAUAUUCAGGAUAAACUCAGGGAAGAAAUCUGCCGGUAUUUUCCGGCCGAUGACGUCGAAAUAACGUUCGAAAAAGUACAACAAAUGAAAUAUCUGGACAUGGUGCUUGCCGAAACGCUGCGAAGGUAUCCGUUCGGCCCGUUCCUAAACAGGGAGUGCAAACAAGAUUACGUAAUUGAGGAGACCGGCCUGAAGAUCGAGAAGGGAACUCCGAUAUUGAUCCCGAUCGAUGGUAUCCACUUCGAUGAAAAAUAUUAUCCGGAAUCGGACAAGUUCGAUCCGCAACGCUUCCGCGAUGGAACGAAGAGUUUAUCUAAUUCCUGUGUGUACCUGCCGUUCGGUAAUGGGCCCAGAAAUUGUAUAGGAGCCAGGUUCGGUCUGGUAUGCGCCAAGAUUGGUUUGGUCCACAUCCUGCGGCAAUUUGAGGUUCAGCAGUGCUCAUCAACCCCAGUGCCUAUAGUGUUAAAUCCAAAGUCUCCUUUUAUGACCCCAGUUAAUGGAUUACCGAUGCUAGUUAAACGAUUGUAGAGCGUUCAGUGUCAUCACAAAAGACAAUCGCUGAAAUUUUCGUUCGUCAAGAAUCUUUGGUUCAAGUAAUCGUAUACAGGGUGUUCUCUAAUGAUCUGCGACAAUUUAAGUGAGAGUAAUUGAAAAACAAGUGAUGGUCCGAACCUGUUAUUGGGGCGUAGAUUUAACAGAUAAUUAGAUGAAUUAGAAGGUACCUAUCAUUCGCAACCUUUGUGAACAAAAAUUAAUUUUAAAUUUAAAUUAGACCUAAGUUUAAAAGAUAGUCAGAUGCAUUAGAGGGUAGCUACACUUUUAACUUGUAACUAACACAAGACAUCAUUUGAGCUGCGCUAUCCACUGUUUUACAAAUCGAAAGUAAUAAUUUUUA